CUCGGCUCAUCUCUCGCUCCCUCCCUGUCCUGGUUCCCUCCGCCUCCUUCCGAUCCCGACCCCUCCCCCGCCGCUACGCUCCCCGACUCCCCUUCGCACCCCGCAGCCGCUCUCGCCCACCGGCUUCGCACUCCUUCCCGACACCCCUCCGCUCCCUCCCCCACCCCAGUCACCUGCCCAUCAACAAGGUCACCGUCUCCCUCCUGCCGCCACUCCAGUCACCUGCCAACCAACAAGGUCACCGUCUCCCUUCUGCCCACAAGGGCCCAGCCGAGCUUUCGACAUGUCUGGACGUGAGGUCCGUGAGUAUACCAAUCUCAGCGAUCCUAAAGAUAGGAAGUCGGGGAAGGGGAAGGACAAGAUCGAUGAUGAGGACGUCACCUUUCAGCGCAUGGUUGCAAAGAUGCAGGAUGUUGCUGGUGAGAGGGGAGGCUACCUUCAUGGACGAGGAGCAUUGGACAGUGAUGAUUUGCUUUACCUCAAAGAGCAAAUGGAGGCCGAGGAAGAUGCAGAGCGUCUUCUUCGGCGUACAGAGAAGCGGGCAUUUGCUGCUUUUAAGAAAGCAGCGACUUUAGCUGAUUCUGCACCUGCUCUACCUGCCGCUCUUUGUGUCGACUCCAGGCCAAAAAGCGAUAUAAGGCAACGGGAUCUCUUGAAGAACAUUGUUGGGAUCAAACCAAAGCGACCCAAGGUUUGCAGCCCUGCGCAAGUGGCAGAGAACGACGGACCUAAGCGGAACCAGGAAGUCUCUGCCAGCAAAAUCUCUUCAUGGCGGAAUCAACCAAUGGGUGCAAGUGAGAAAGAAUCGUCUCAUGCCGCAGUCGGUUGUGUGCAGCCUUUGCCAAAGCCAGCUGAAGCAACAGAGUCCGGGCCACAGAAUGUCACUGGAAGCUUGCUUGGUCUGGCGUAUGAGAGCUCGGAUGAAGAAUGACCAGUGGAGUAGGGAGUUACUGUAGGCUGCGUGUUGGUUUAUCAGCGACGUUGCUAGAUUGUGUUUCUGUUAAGUAGUUCAGGAUAAUUCAAGAACUCUGCUGAAAAUCAACCUUCAGUUACUGACUGCUUUCUCGUGAAUGUUGUGUUUUGGACACAGACGCGUCCGUCGUGCCGCGACUUUAGUUUCUGAAAAUUGUAAGUGACUAGUACAAAUGCCCGUGCAUUGCAUCGGGCUAAAAAAAAUGCAGAACCUACGUCUAUUUUUGGACGGAAGGAGUUUCUUUUAAA